AUCUCAACAAUGUCCCCACCAAGAGGGCUGCGAUGGCGGUCACACCCAUUGUUCAUCGUCUUCACAGUGGGCAUGGGCGCAUUCGUGGAUCUGUUCCUGUAUGGGCUUAUUGUACCGGUACUUCCAUUUCUGCUUAAGGACCGUAUCAAUCUUCCAGAUUCGCAGAUUCAAAGCACUAUAUCAAACCUUCUGGCAGUCUAUGCGGCCGCUUCCUGUGCAGCGUCUCCCAUUGCUGGUAUCCUAGCCGACAAAUGGUCCUCGUCUCGACAGCUGCCGUUUCUCCUUGGGCUUGUACUGCUUCUCCUUUCGACUAUCCUUCUCGCUCUCGGACGUAGCGUUGCUGUUCUGGCCAUUGCGCGGUUCCUGCAAGGAGCGUCGGGCGGCGUGGUGUGGACUAUCGGCAUCGCUCUCGUGAUCGAGACCGUUGGGAACGAGAAUCUAGGCAAGACUAUGGGCACCAUUUUUAGCUUCAUCUCAGUCGCCGGACUGUUCUCGCCCAUGGUUGGAGGGCUCCUAUAUGCCAGGACUGGAUACAAAGGCGUCUUCGGCGUUGGCGUAAGCUUGAUUGGUAUCGACUUUAUUUUGAGAGUGCUCGUCGUGGAGAAGAAGGUGGCCGCAAAGUACUCUAGUCCUGAUUCACAUGCCUCGGAACCAGACGGAAAUGACCACGAAGAUACAGAACAAACACCUCUUCUACCAAACAGCCACUCUUCGAUUGAUCGUUAUCGCUUGCCCAAACCCACGAAUCGCUUUACACGUAACUUUCCUAUCCUCAUGCUGUUCCGCGAUGCUAGUCUCCUGACCGCUAUCUGGAUCGGCUUCAUGCAAGCUCUUCUGCUUGGGUCUUUCGAUGCUACCGUGCCGCUGGUAGCUUCAGAGCAGUUUGGCUUCGACAGCUUGAAAGCUGGACUGCUCUUUCUACCGCUUGGCGGUGCGGAUUUCUUACUGGGCCCAGUGUUUGGGUGGUGUGUCGACCGCUAUGGUACAAAACCAGCAGCCAGGCUAGACAAUGGACGUCUUAUCGCACUCUACUCCGGACUAUUAGCGAUGAAUGGAGUGGGUCUGGCAGCAAUUAACAGCCCCAGUUUCGUUGAAGCUGGCAAUCUUGUCGAGAAGUAUUAUAAGGCGAACGAAGACAUGUUCGACCAAGCUCCGUACGCACAACUUUACGGCAUCAACAGCAUGGUAUGGAGCGGUGGACUGACUGUAGGCCCAUUGCUGGCAGGGAAACUAAGAGAGACGAUUGGGUACGGAAAUAUGAACGCGGUGCUUGCUGGUAUUUGUGGAUGUACAGUGGUUCUGGCGGCACUCUUCGUCGGCGGUAGAAGAAAAGAUUAGAUUCGUGUACAAAGAAGUAUGGUUUCUUUGGACGGUAUCACCUAAUCAUGAAACCAUGGUAUAUCCUAGAGUCAUUUGCGGUACUCUGUAUUGGUUGACACUCAAAUAAACCUGAUAGACACCUUCAGGCUAUGAUUACUCGAGUACAACCACUCGAAAAGAGCUGUCUCAUGAAUAGUACAUCGGUCAAGGCUACUCUGCAAUAUCAGGCAUUGAGAUAUAUGGUUUGGCUGCUCUUUUGCUUUCCAGAGGCUUAGAGGCUUAGAGGUGAUUUCAAAGCUCGUCGGUUUAUCUUAGGUUAAUGUUGUAGUCGGCUGGGUGUUAUUGCUCCAAAGAGUGGAGGAGUAGGGUAAUAGUUUUCCAACCCUACUAUUCACCAUGUCUUACUAUGACUUUUUCAUAGUAAUAGUGG